AUGGUACGUCUAAGGGAAAUCCCAAGGACGGCCACCUUCGCCUGGUCGCCUGGGGCUGCGUCACCGUUGAUCGCAACUGGAACUCGCGCUGGCGCUGUCGAUGCCGACUUCUCUAAUAAGACAUGUCUCGAGCUGUGGGAUCUGGGCCUUGACCGCGAAGAUGCGAGCGAGGAGCUGCAGCCGCUAGCUAAGCUUGAUACCGACUCUGGCUUCAAUGAUGUGGCCUGGACAACGUCGGAAGAUAACAAACGGGGUGUGAUUGCGGGUGGCCUGGAGAAUGGCUCGCUGGAGCUGUGGGAUGCCGAUAAGCUACUUGCUGGAUCCAGUGAUGCAUUGAUCUCAAGAACCACUAAACACAGCGGCGCCAUCAAGACCCUCCAAUUCAACCCAAAACACCCGAACCUUCUGGCAACCGGUGGCGCAAAGGGAGAGCUCUUCAUCUGGGAUCUAAACAACAUUGAGAACCCAUUCCGUCUGGGUAACAACGCGGCCCGUACCGAUGAUAUUGACUGUUUAGAUUGGAACAGGAAGGUUCCUCACAUUCUAGUCACUGGUAGCAGCUCCGGCUUUGUGACGGUCUGGGAUGUCAAGACGAAAAAGGAGAGUCUGACACUGAACAACAAGGGCCGAAAGGCUGUCAGCGCAGUCGCAUGGGACCCCGAGAGGCCCACAAAGCUUAUCACAUCUUCGCCCCUCGAGUCAGACCCAGUACUCUAUGUCUGGGACCUGCGCAACUCCCACGCCCCAGAGCGGACACUUACCGGCCACGAGUCCGGUGUGCUCUCACUUUCUUGGUGCGAGCAUGACCCGGAUCUCCUCCUGUCUUCCGGCAAAGAUAACCGUAAUAUUUGUUGGAACCCGCAAACCGGUCAAGCAUACGGAGAGUUCCCCGUGGUCACAAACUGGACCUUCCAGACUCGCUGGAACCCCCACAAUCCGAACUUCUUCGCAACCGCAUCGUUUGAUGGAAAGAUCUGUGUCCAAACCCUGCAGAACACGAAGACCGAUAACGCCCAGGCCAUCGCCGAUCACAACCAAGCCUUGGACGGCGAAGACUUCUUCAACAAGGCGCAAACGCAGCCCCAGGUCUCCAAGUUCUCUCUCCCGAAGGCCCCUCGCUGGCUUGAGCGGCCUUGCGGUGCUACUUUUGGCUUCGGAGGUCGGGUUGUUUCCUUCGGUCUGACCGAGAAAGGAUCGCGUACAUCCAGUAUCAAAAUCACAUCGUUCCAAGUUGAUGAGAGUGUUGGCAAAGCCACCGAGAACUUUGAGACCGCAUUGAAAGAGGGCGAUAUUCGUACCAUCUGUGAAUCGCGAGCUUCAGGUGCUUCCAACGAAGCAGAAAAGGCAGACUGGAAGGUGAUGCAAGCUUUGAUUUCUGAAAACCCACGUAAGGGCUUGGUGGAGUACUUAGGGUUCCAGGAUCAGGUUGAUGAUACCGCCGAUAGUCUCGCACACCUCGGGUUGGACAAGAAGGAAGGCGAGGACACCAAUGGCGCUGCCGCCAAACCGGCUGGGGUCAAGAAGCACAAGCGUUUGCAAUCCAUGUUUGAUCCCAACCCUGAAGGUGACAGCUUCCUUUCCGAACUGGCGGCUUCCAAGGGUGCUCAAACCAACAACCCAUUCCAAAUUUUCAAUGGCUCCGAAAGCCAGGCAGAGCAAAAGAUCACUCGGGCUUUGCUCCUUGGAGAGUUUGAGAAGGCUCUGGAUGUUGCUUUGCGAGAGGAUAAGAUGUCCGAUGCUUUCAUGAUUGCUAUUUGCGGUGGCCCGAAGUGCAUCGAAAAGGCGCAGGAGUACUACUUCUCCAAGCAGGCUAACGGCCCCAACUACAUGCGCUUGCUCGCAUCUAUUGUGGGUAAGAACUUGUGGGAUGUGGUACAUAAUGCCGACUUGUCCAACUGGAAGGAAGUUAUGGCUGCCUUGUGUACCUUUGCCGACGAGAAAGAAUUCCCUGACCUUUGCGAUGCUCUUGGUGACCGCCUGGAGGAAGAGAUCCAGAAUAGCGACGAUAAGAGUGCUCGAAAGGAUGCUUCUUUCUGUUUCUUGGCUGGCUCGAAGCUUGAGAAGGUUGUUGCCAUUUGGGUUGAGGAGCUCCGCGAGAAUGAGCAGAAAGGACUUGAAAGCGAUACUGACAACUCUUCGUUCUCUAUCCACGUCCGUGCUCUCCAGGGCCUAAUCGAGAAGGUAACUAUCUUCCGCCAAGUCACCAAGUUCCAGGAUACGGAGCGGAACAAGGACUCGGAUUGGCGCUUGAGCGUCUUGUACGACAAAUACAUCGAAUAUGCCGAUGUUGUCGCAACACAUGGACGUUUGGAAACUGCCCAGAAGUACCUCGACCUUGUCCCAGAGAAGCAUCCCGAAGCUGAGGUGGCACGCAACCGUAUUAAGCUUGCUACAAGACAGGCACCCCAGAAGGCCCAGGCCGCUGUCGGGGCCAACCGCAGCAGACAUACAGCCCUGCUGCUACUCCAACACCUGCUGCUCCCCCCUAACAUUUAUGCGCCUCCUGCGCCUGCAGUGCCCCAGCAGGCCAACCCAUAUGGCCCUCCCGCGACCUCACCAGCUCAACCUGCCAACCCCUACGCUGCUAUGUCGACCGGAGGUGCCAGUGCCUACGGACCAGCAGCUGGGUAUCAGCCAACUCAGGGGAUGAGACCUACCGGUUAUAAUCCAGCAUCUGCGUUCGGUGGACAGCAGCCCACAGGUGCUGGUAUCCCUCCCCCUCCGCGUGCUUCAUCUAACCAGUCGCCGGCCAACACAAUCACAACAUACACCACGGCCACUGGUCUUCCUGCAUGGAAUGAUCUACCAGAAGGUUUCGCGAAGGCUCCUACGCCCCGUCGUGGAACUCCUGCCGCAGCCUCUGCACCCAUCGCCUCUCCUUUCCCCAACCAGUCACCCAAUUUGACUCAGGGACCUCCCCCGGUUGGUGCUCCGCGCGCACCAUCCGUGCCUCCCCCACCAAAGAUGGGCUCGGUGCCUCCGCCGCGAAUGAUGUCGCCGCUCUCUGGUGGCCAAGGUGUUUCUAACAUCCCUGGACCUUCCCCGCCACCACCUGCCAACCCGUACGCUUCCCUCCCUCAGUCACCACCGCUGAAUCAGGGGUCAACCAUGGCUCCCCCGGCAUCGAUCCCCCGCGGAGCGUCGCCAUACAACGCGCCUCCCAGCAUGCCACCCCCAACCAAUCGGUAUGCACCAAACCCGGCUGCCCAGGCUGCAAACCCCCAGAUGCAAGCACGCGGCUCGGUGGCCCCUCCUCCUCAGGCCGUUGCGUCGCCAUACGCCCCACAGGCAGUAUCACAACCACCUGCGGCAAACCCAUAUGGGCCCGCGACGCCUAUUGCUACACAGCCUCCGCCCAUGGCCCAGGGCAUCCCACCCCCACCUCAGGGAUCUCGACCUCCCACAGCCCAGUCGCAGAGGCCAACUCCUCCGGCUCCCAAGUAUCCACCCGGUGACCGUUCACACAUCCCCGCAAACGCACAGCCUGUCUACGAGAUUCUAUCGGCGGACAUGCAGCGCGUCAAGUCCCGUGCCCCUGCUGCGUUCAAGGCACAGGUUGAUGAUGCUGAGCGCCGCUUGAACAUCCUCUUUGAUCAUCUCAACAACGAGGAUCUACUCAAGCCUAACACCAUUGAGGACAUGGCGAACCUGGCCCGCGCAAUUCAGCAACGUGAUUUCAAUACCGCCCUCGCUAUUCACGUUGAUAUCAUGACCAACCGGACUGAUGAAUGUGGCAACUGGAUGGUCGGUGUGAAGCGACUGAUUAGCAUGAGCCGCGCUACCCCGUAA